AUGCGAAAAGUGAGACUGGUGAAGCAAUAGUCGGCGCUAACCCCAUCGUGUGAUUAGUAUAAGAGAUUCGGACUCAAUGGAAAGGGUAGGAGCAUGGCUUCCGGGGCACUUCAGACGGAGCACAACUUGUUUGAAAUCUCCAGCGGGAACCGAGAAGCAACGCCAGGAGCGGUUUAUGUCCUCUUCACGAACACCACAGCCUGGGAGAGUACGAACGGCACGGUCUCGGAGGACGACAGCUCACCGGGGGAUGACGACGCCGCUUCGGGCAGGCCACCGAUCGGUGUCGCGGUACCCUUCGCGACCAUCAUGACCUUGCUGAGUUUGAUCACCAUCUUCGGGAACUCUUUGGUGAUCUACGCCGUCAGGACGGAGAAGAGGUUACAAACAGUCAGUAAUUAUUUCAUUGUUUCAUUGGCCGUGUCGGACUUCCUGAUCGGGAUGAUCGUCAUGCCUCUGAGCACGGUGUACUUCGUGAGUGAGGACUGGGUGUUGGGGCUAGUCCCCUGCCAGAUCUGGCUGUGUAUUGAUUAUGUGUCAUCGACAGCGUCCAUAUUCAACCUUCUUGUGCUUAGUUUAGACAGGUAUUGGUCGAUUCGAUACCCUCUGAAAUACAUGCGGAAACGGACCGGUAAAAGGGCCUCUAUUAUGAUAUCGUGUGCGUGGUUGGGCUCAGCCGUUUGGAUUAUACCUAUAACAUGUUGGCACCUGAUCUUCAACCAGGGGGUGCGUUAUUUGCCUCCUAACGAAUGCGACACGGAGUUCAGGAAGAAUAAAUCGCUCAAGGUGGCUACUGCUAUAGGGAAUUUUUACGUACCACUCGCCUGUAUGUUUUUUAUAUAUGCUAAGAUAUACCAUGAGAUACAGAAACGCUCCAAGAUGGUGCUCGGGAGACGAUCCUGCGGUGGGACGCGAUCGUCUCAGCCGUCAGUGCACAGUGUAAAGUCCAAGGGAAAUACUGACGUGGAACUGACCAGGGUGGAUGCAAACUGGACACCCGAGUACGACGACUCGAUCAGCACGAGCAAAGACACUUCGAAUGAGACGCCGGACCCCGCUGAGAACAACAGCGGGAGUCCCUGUAGUGAGGAGAGGACACGUCGGGUGAAGAAGCCCAAGCGCAUCAACACACAGUUAAAAAAUAUAUCCAACCUGACGUUACUGACGGUUGGGCUGCAUGGUAUAGUGGACCCAGAGGCCCUCAAGAGGGCGGUCAACAAGGACACGUCACCCUCUGGGUCUCCUAAGGGUUCGUGUACAAGAAGCCCGUGUUGCCAUGGAGAACCUAAAAUGAAAGAGACGCAGUUUCUGUCUCCUGAUGAUGCAUUUAAUCGGAAUGAAUCGAACUCGAGAGGGCGCCAUAGCCACCACAAUGUUGUCGGUAAGAUAAACUCUCUGGACAGGGUUAAAGGAAAGCCUCUUGCUGCUCCUGAGGAACUACAACCUCUGAAGAAAAGAACUUAUCAUCAAGCUCAAAACGGGAGUAAGAAAUCAAUCUUGAGGAGGAACAGUACGGCAGAGGGUACGGGUGGUGACAGUCUUCAAAACGGCAACCUUUCUUCCAAAAGGAUAUCAUUCUCAACUGAGGAUAUACCUGGACGCAAGAAACCCCCGGUGGUUGGUUGUAUACCACCGACCAAGAGGAGACUAUGUGCCGAGUAUCGCGUUGGAACGCGGCAGGGUGAUCUGUCCAGAGCGGACCGAAGUAGAAGGGACCGCCGGAACGGCGUGACGUCCCGCCUACUGAGCGCAGAGAAUCGUGGAGACUCUUCCACUGCGGCGACCACGACGGAUAGCGACGAGGAAGCCAUGAAGAACCACGCGAACCACCGGGCCAAAUUCUCUCUGUCACGGUUCAGCAUGAGACCGGGGCGGGCCUCGGAAACUCUCCGUAGAAUUCGCAAAAUGUCGCUUAGCAAGGAGCGAAAAGCAGCUAAACAGUUAGGUGUGAUAGUCGGGUGCUUUAUAUGCUGUUGGAUCACAUACAUGGUGUUCUUUAUGAUCGUUGCCUUCUGUGCGCAUUGCAUACACAACAAACUCUACUUGGGUAGCAUAUGGCUGGGUUACAUUAACUCAACACUGAACCCCGUCAUCUAUCCGUUGUGUAAUUCCACAUUCAGAAAGUCGUUCAAGAAAAUACUUCGAAUCAAAAAGAGGUGAGACUAGGCUAUGGGACGCAGUGCUGCAACGUCAUCAAUGCUUUGUAUACAUUGUAAACAAUAAACAAUAAGUUAUACAAAAACAUGAUUUAUUACUUAAAGCGGUGACUUUUAAAACAGGUGUAUUUGAUAUGAUGUACAGAAAAAAGAAAAACUAUGUUAUAAUUGAAAUUUCAAGGUAAAAGUCAUAAAUGAAAUGUUACUAUUAAAUAUACCAUGGUGUUUAACGUAUCCUUUCUCGGUUUUGAGAGCCGUUUUGUAUCUCCAAAUAACUAUUGUAUUUGCAGGUUGAGCUUGUUUCCUUAAAAUCCAAUCAGACCAAAUCACGAAACGUCGUUAGUGUGAUUGUUCAAGGCAGUGUCGAAUAAAAUUCAUUCUUACUUUGGUGAAAUUGCGGUGUAAUGAAAUAAGAAAAAUGUGUCUCCUAACCUAUAUUUAGAAUCGAAUGUGCAUGGGGGGGGGACUGCUAUAAAGGGUCUAUUUUCAAACUUGUUUUCAUUAUAAGGCCGUCAGUUGCUUGAUCGAAAAUGAAAAAUAUUAAUAAAUCUCAGCCUUCAUUUGGCUGUCUUUCCAUCCCCGAAGUAUUAGUAUCAACUCUAUUAUAAGAAUGACCGUUGCGGAGCAUUAUUACAAAUGAUCCUUAAACUAGCUCAACACCAUGUGGAGUGUACAACCUUUACUACCAAAGUAGCGUACUAUAAGCUAAACCAACCACAAGCACCACCUCUACCCUCACUGACCCAUACUUACUACUGGGUGAUGAGAGGCAUUUGUAGUUAUAAGUGUUUUGCUCAAGGAGAAACGUGUCAUGACCGGAUUCGGACCCAUUAAACUCUGAUGACUAAGCCAUCAAAACUUGAGGCCUCUUUACCAAAUAUUAUGUACACCCCUUCUAAGCAUAUCACACCCAUUGCAUAGCCCACGCCUAAGUAUGUGUAGUAUAGUAUGCGCCUAGCCUAAACGUUAGUAUAGAGUAAGCGCAUGACAUGUUAAUAACUCGUUUUCAGGGCACACUUUCAAAAUGUAACAAAAAAAUGAAGUGGAAAAUUUGACAAGUCAACAAAUAAGUGGGUUGCCGGUCGGAAUAACUUACUUCACAUGGGAUUGUGACUAUUCUUGUCUCUGACUGACAGGUUUUUUCUGUUUUUGUUUUUUGUUUUCCUUCUUGGUUAUAUUUACAUGAUCAAUAAUUUUAUUUCACAAACCUAUAAUGAGCCGUUAAGAUGUGAUGUAUUAAUUUAGCACUAAUAAUGAAGUUUCUUCCUUUAUAAAAACAGGAUUACCAACCAAAUUUCAACGUGAUUUCCAGGAUAAGCCAACAACAGCUGAAUACCAGUAUCAAGCAAUAUGCAACAAAUGGAGAAUUGGUUGGUAAUCCUGUUUUUAUCAAGGAAGAAAUCCCAUGCUAAGCAAUUUGUUGUGCUUAGCAGCUCUAUGAAAUUGGCCCAUGGUGUUUCGGUCAGAAACACGAUCAGGGUGUUCAGUAAUUCCGGAGACAGGAGAAAAGAGUGCGAGGGCAGAGUUUGAGAGGAUGUUAAGGAAAAGAAUCGAGACUCCUUUGGGAUCUCUCGAUUUUUGGAUAUAGUUGAGGGUGUACGUGGAGAUGUGGAGAGCUGUGAUUGACGAUGGAGAGUGGAAUCGAUGAGAGAUAGAGUGUUGUUUGGACGAAGGGAGGAAUUCGCGGUGAUGUGUCAUUACUGGAAUUAGAAUCAAUCAUUGGUAUAGGGAUUUGAUUUUGCUUUUAGAACAAUAUUCAGGGAAAUAUUUGUGUUCUUCUUUGCCGCACCUUUUUUACGGAGCUUUUAAAGGGACAUACGUGAGGAAAACAAAUCUGUAAACAACCCUCGUUCGAACGAAGAUGUUUUUUCCAGAUUGUGUUUUACGAAUGUGUCUUUAAAUGCUCCGUAAAUUUUUUUUCUCGUAUAAAACAAUCUGUAAAAUCGGUAAAGUGGUGGAUUUAUAAGUGUUGUGAAGAGGAGGUGAUGUUGUGUCUCGUGUUUUUCGAAAUAUCUAUAGUGGUACAGUCAUAUGUCAGGAGUUUAUGGUAAAUGUUGAAGAAAGUGAGUACCGUGUUGAAAAUGUAAACGGUAUGAGUGUAUAAAGAGAGGUCUGAGAAAUGUAAAAGGAAGUGGAAUUGUGAGAGCGAGAUGGAGAGAUGGGGAAUGGGAGAGCGGGCAAGAUUCCCAAUGGAGAUGAUAGUAUAGACCUUGUGAAGUAAAGAGAGGAUCCUUUAUUAAAAGAGAUGUAAAAGAUGCAUUCGCGUUAAUUAUUUGUAGUGUAUGGAAGUCUGCGUGUUGUUUAAGUGAUGCAGUCCCUGGUCUGAGCGGGUGAUCUAAUGGGUGUUAAGAUGGGGAGAUAAAAGGGAAAUCGCCAGUGUCAAUUGAAACCAAGGAUGAGCUAGAGGAGUUUGGGAAAAUGGAAUAUAGUUGGGAGAUGUGUUGAGAUAAGACGUCUUGAGUGGGAGGAUCGGUGAUGAGGGUGUGAGCAGGAAGAGGUCUGAUGAGAUAACCCGGGAAAGGGUGCAAGAAAUAGUUGAUGAGAGAAUUAAAGGCACUGGACUCUAUUGGUAAUCACUCAAAAUAAUUGUUAGCGUAAAAAAAUAAAAUUGGUUACAAA